GAAUUCGCCCCGACAGCCAAGGCUUCUUUCCCUGCAUUCGCCCUCUUGUUCUUCCUCUUUGCGAAGUUCCUGGGACACGAUCACAAGGAUGGCACCAACACCCAAGUCCGGAAUUGCCACUGGCAUCAACAAGGGUCACGUCACCACCAAGCGUGAACUCAAGGCCAAGCCCGUUAACCGCAAGGGGGUGCUCGCCAAACGCACAAAGUUUGUCCGUGACCUCGUCCGUGAGGUUGCCGGAUACUCUCCCUACGAAAAACGCAUUAUGGAAUUGCUCAAGAACUCUGCCGACAAGCGUGCAAGAAAGUUGGCAAAGAGGAGGCUCGGUACCUUUGGCCGUGCCAAGCGCAAGGUCGAAGAGAUGUCCAACGUCAUUGCCGAGUCUCGUCGUGCCCACUAAGGGGAAUGCCUUGUAUGGAGGGACGGGAGUUGCGUGAGGGUCCACAAUAUAAUUGUUCUACCUGUUUUCACCUGCUGCGAAUGUUUGGACACUCAUGGCGACUGCGGUACCUGUUCCGUGUUUGACUGAAUACGAAUGUGUACGGAGAUCCAUGCAAUGUACAAACGAGAUGAAAUGCCUCUUUUUAAUACAAGGGUAUCGCAUGAGCUCUAGCCUAAAGUACAGACUACAUAAAUGAUGAUAUAUACAAUGAAGCAAUCCAAUUCGACGA